CGCGAGAUCCCCACCGGCCUCCUGGAGAACGAGCCCCGGCCGCCGCGACCACCAGCCGCGCUAACCGCCGACCAACUGCCACCGGAGGUGCCCGAGUGAGAGCAGAGGAGGCGGCAUGAGCGAGGCGGGCGAGGCCACCACCACCACCACCCUCCCGCAGGCUCCGGCGGAGGCGGCCGCCGUGGCCCCCCAGGACCCCGCGCCCAAGAGCCCGGCGGGCAGCGGCGCGUCCCAGGCCGCGGCCCAGGCACCCACCGCCCUUGUCUCAGGAAACGCUGGUGGGGACGCGGCCCCUGCAGCCGCGAACACCGCAGCCACGGCCUCUUCAGUCACCGCCGGCAGCGAAGACGCGGAGAAAAAAGUUCUCGCCACCAAAGUCCUUGGCACUGUCAAAUGGUUCAACGUCAGAAAUGGAUAUGGAUUUAUAAAUCGAAAUGACACCAAAGAAGAUGUAUUUGUACAUCAGACUGCCAUCAAAAAGAAUAAUCCACGGAAAUAUCUGCGCAGUGUAGGAGAUGGAGAAACUGUAGAGUUUGAUGUGGUUGAAGGAGAGAAGGGUGCAGAAGCAGCCAAUGUGACUGGCCCCGAUGGAGUUCCUGUGGAAGGGAGCCGGUAUGCUGCUGAUCGUCGCCGUUACCGACGUGGCUACUAUGGCAGACGCCGUGGACCUCCCCGUAAUUACGCUGGGGAGGAGGAGGAGGAAGGGAGCGGCAGCAGUGAAGGAUUUGACCCCCCUGCCACUGACGGGCAGUUCUUUGGGGCCCGGAGUCAGCUGCGCCGCCCCCAGUAUCGCCCUCAGUACCGGCAGCGGCGGUUCCCGCCUUACCACGUGGGACAGACCUUUGACCGUCGCUCUCGGGUCUUUCCCCAUCCCAACAGAAUGCAGGCUGGUGAGAUUGGAGAGAUGAAGGAUGGAGUCCCAGAGGGAGCACAACUUCAAGGGCCAGUUCAUCGAAAUCCAACUUACCGCCCAAGGUACCGUAGGGGACCUCCUCGCCCACGACCUGCCCCAGCUGUUGGAGAGGUCGAAGAUAAAGAGAAUCAACAAGCAGCCAAUGGUCCAAACCAGCCAUCUGCUCGCCGUGGAUACCGGCGUCCGUACAACUACCGGCGCCGCCCCCGUCCUCCUAACCCUAAUGCUCCUUCACAAGAUGGCAAAGAGACCAAGGCAGGUGAAGCACCAACUGAGAACCCUGCUCCGGCCACCGAGCAGAGCAGUGCUGAGUAG